AAAGCCACAGCUAUCUUGGGCUUCCAGAUGAGGUAGAGCUGCAGAGACAACUGACUCUGGGGAGCAUCUAGCAGACAUGGAACCAAAGAAAAUCAGGGAUGGUUACCUUGUGAAAAAGGGCAGCAUGUUCAAUAGUUGGAAACCCAUGUGGGUCGUGUUGCUGGAAGAUGCUAUUGAAUUCUACAAGAAGAAAAGUGAUAACAGUCCCAAGGGAAUGAUCCCAUUGAAAGGAAGUACUCUUACCAGUCCCUGCCAAGACUUUGGUAAAAGAAUGUUCGUGUUUAAACUUGCCACAACCAAGCAGCAAGACCACUUUUUCCAGGCUGCCUACCUGGAGGAGAGAGAUGCCUGGGUGCGAGACAUUAAAAAGGCUAUUAAGUGCAUUGAAGGAGGCCAGAAAUUUGCUAGGAAAUCCACCAGGAGGUCCAUCCGACUGCCAGAAACCAUUGACUUAAGUGCCCUAUAUUUAUCCAUGAAGGACGCUGACAAAGGAGUAAAAGAACUAAAGCUGGAGAAGGAUAAGAAGGUGUUCAACCACUGUUUUACAGGUAACUGUGUGAUUGACUGGCUAUUAUCUAAACAAUCUGUCCGGAAUCGUCAGGAAGGUCUCAUGAUAGCGUCUUCACUACUCAAUGAAGGUUUCCUACAACCUGCUGGGGACUUGUCCAAGAAUGCAGUUGAUGGAACUGCUGAAACCUCCUUCCUUGAUAACCCUGAUGCUUUCUACUACUUUGCAGACAGUGGAUUCUUCUGUGAAGAGAAUUCCAGUGAUGAUGAUGUGAUUUUGAAGGAAGAAUUCAGAGGAAUCAUCAUCAAGCAAGGGUGCCUACUGAAGCAGGGGCAUCGGAGGAAGAAUUGGAAAGUGAGGAAAUUUAUUCUGAGGGAGGACCCUGCCUAUUUGCACUACUAUGAUCCUGCGGGGGGAGAGGAUCCACUGGGGGCAAUUCACUUGAGAGGCUGUGUGGUCACUGCAGUGGAGAGCACCCCUGAUGUUAAGAAGAGUGGUGAUGAAAACCUUUUUGAGAUCAUCACGGCUACUGAAGUUCAUUAUUUCUUACAAGCCGCUUCCCCUCAGGAGCGCACGGAGUGGAUCAAAGCCAUUCAGGUCGUCUCUCGAACCGGAAAGUGAAAAGGAGCCUUCAGUUCUAACAAAAUUCCCAUGGGCUCAGUCAUCAAGCUUCUCCUGAGGCCAUCCAAAAAGGAGGAAAGGAUUCCGUGGAUUCAGUGGAUUCUGAAUGUAACUAGCCCGCUAUUUGAUGAUUCCUGCGUUCUAACUCCUACCCAGUCCCUUUUUCUAUCAGCCUUCCUUGUGCAGAUACAACCACCUUUGUGACUGUGGGCAACUCAGUUAUCCUCUUUGGGGCCCAUUUUCCUCAUCUGCAAGAAGAUGGAGAGGGCUACAAUAAUCUUUAGUGAUCAUAACAGUGAUCAUAACAGUGAUGGUGGUGACCUUGGCUGGAAUAGGUACCCUUUGAACAAAGCACAUGGCCUUCCUGUGUUAGAUGAGAGCACACAGCUGCUUCCAAAUAUGUUAUAUGCCUGAGAAAAUGAUUCCUUCUAAAAACCCUGAAAAAUGAUUAGUAAAUGGACUAGUCCAUCAACAUUUUUUUCCUUUGCUUAUUCUCUCUCUCUCUCUUCCUAGGGGACAAUAGUAAGGUGAAUUUAAUCAGUUUGCCUUAUUUACCUUGAGUGGAAGUGCUUGUAGACCUGUAUUAAAAAGGACUCUCGUUGGAUUGGAUGAAAGUCUCACCAGAGUAGAGUCUACAACACAAUCAAGUACAUUUUUUAAAAAAUAAAUUUUGAUUGAUAUCUUUUGUUUUUAUAGUACCUAAAUAUCUCCUGUAUCUGUUUUCCUUCUAAUCCCAGAGAUCCCUUGAGUCAAAUACAUUUUUUUAAAGAAAAAAAAUAGUAAAUCCAAAAGAAGUACAUACUUUACAAGGGAAUUGCACUCUGCUGAGCAAAUUGGGAUUUAUUUUUUUUCUUUUAUGUUCUACUAAAAAGAAUUAAGAGAUUAUAAGUACCAAAACUUUAAAAAAAAUCUUGGCCUGAUAAACUUUAUGUAUAAAGUUUGUCUUUGUUACUCCCAGAGUCUUUUAAAAACAUUCUUCUCAAUGCUAAAUGUCAAGUUCACUAUGCCUUCCCAUUUUUUUUCCUUAUUAUUAAAACCUGGUCUCAAGAAAGGAUCAGAUAUAAGUCAUUUUUGCUUUAGUGGGAAUUUGAAUCAAUCUGUUACCUCUCUCAGGGGCAUGUGUCUUUAAAAUCUUAUCUCUAGUCGCAGAAUAAAGGCUUUGCACCCUGGGGAAAGAUUUUUAGGCAUCAGUGGCAGGGGGGAGAGAUUGGGGGCAGGAGCAGAGGAGGCAUUUUAAAUAGUCUGAAAUUCUACUUAAUGGAAUUGUGUGAAGCUGGUACUGAUUCUAGCCCAAGACAUCCCUCUCUUUGUUCCAAUGAAGUGUUAUCUCUUUUCCCCUUUCUGUUGUAUUUGGUUUUAAAAAGAAAGGGAAAAAUGACACCAAUAUGCGACAUCAUACCACAGUUAAGUGCUGGGAUGUGAAGUGUGUGAAUUCCAUCCCUGGAUAACAGCUAAUACCCCUCCCCACCCUUACUGCUAGACUACUGUGUCACAAUGGAACAUUGACCCUCUGUUUGGGUCUUGACCUAUUUAGAAGUAGGAAAACCAGAGUUCUAGAAGUUAUUCACAGUGAUGGCAAUGGGCACUGCAGAGACAACCUUCAGUACAUCAGCUUAUUGCAUUUAGGCCUUGCAUUUACUCUUAGGCCUAAAAGCAUUACCUAUGGUUCUCCCUGACUAUGUUUAUAGGGCUUCCCAUGAAUCCUUUUCCCUAUUCACUAGUCAGAACAGGUAGAAGCUGCCGACAAGUUAUGCCUUCACAUUGGGGUCUUGCCCAAUCCACUAGACUAUGUCCCAUCCACUAGACCAUGAUUCUGCUCCAGCAUCUCUCAUGAUGGGGCUGGUAGAGCUAAGGUGACACUUACAGAAGGAGUGGGGAGUAAGAAAUAGUCUUUUCCUGUUAAUCUCUCUACUCACUUUCCCUUGUUCCCUCCCCCAACUCCAUAUCCAGUUUUAUGAAAUCCUUGCUUCAAAUGGCCCAUCCUAACCCCCAUGGAGAUAAGUGAGGCUCAUAGUACUUUUUCUAAGUUUUCUCCCCCAAAACAUGCCCAGUACUUUCUUUUUUUUUUCAUUUAAAAUGACCUAUUUAUUGAUAUGUAGUCAAACUCUGUGUUACAUAUAAAUAAAAUAAACA